AUGCGACCGGGGGCCGUUUUGCGCUGCGCACUGGGGUGCGCGUCGCGCAUGCGCUGGACUCCCACAGGCGGCCUCCGGCGCACGAGGCUGGACCUGUGUGUGUGUGUGUGUGUAACUCUCUCACUGGCUCCCUGUUACAGGCUGGACCUGUGGAACUGCUCUCUGGCUCAGCUGGACCCCACCCUGCACCUCACACAAGCGGCUGUAGUUCUAGACCUCUCCUCUAACCCACUGCGGGAUCUCCCCUCUGAGUUUUUCCGUGGCCUGUUGGGGCUGCAGUAUGUCGCUCUCCCUGCCGAGCUCAGCUGCCCGGGGGGCAAUAACUCAUGGGAAAAUGUGAAUGUGACUUCGGCUGUGAGAGUGUGCCAGGACCAGAGGAGCUCAUGUAACAGUACCAGCGAGUGGGUGCUGUGCCCAGAGAACUCUGUGUGCGCCCCAGAUGGGCCCGGAUACAUGCAGUGCGUCUGUGCCCCAGGAUUCCAUGGCUACAAGUGCCUCAGAGAGAGCACGUUUCCUAUACUGAUGUUCUUUGGGAUCCUUGGCCUGGUCACUGCCUGUCUGUCUGUCCUGCUGUGGUGCACUCAGCGCCGGAAAGUAAAGAGCCAAUGAGUGAGGAGAUGUUCCAGCAUUGCUCUGUCCUAUUCACUGACCUCU